AUGCUGAUUAUAGACAACCAGCCGGUUCCGCGCAAUCUCGCGGGCACGGCGCUGCUCCGUUACCUCCUCACGCAUCCGAGCCUCGUCGCUGGCUCGGAUGAGUUCUUUCGCCGAACCGGCCGCUCAGGCUCGGAAGCCGGUCCUGUCCCUGGUCCAUUCCGUGCUAAGCACGAUGAAGGAGAGAAUUUUGCGCGGCCGGCAUGCGGUAGCGACGAUCGUUUGUCCGACAGUCAUGCUGCCGGCCAGCCGGCAAUACAGUCAACCCUCAGCACCCCACCGGCAACUCUUCCCUCCCCCGCCACUCCUUCCGCGCAUCUUGGCCCAAACCCUGGGGGAUCACGCUCCCCCAGUUUGGCUGCCGCGCGUGCAGCGGAAAAGCUGAGAUGCGCGGAGGCGCAAGGAGGCGCAGGGGAGGGGGAAGUGGGGAACCUGCGGAACGCAGGUGGCCGUGACGGCGCCGCGUGUAACGGCGACGUUAACGGUAGCGGGAUCUCGGUGUGCCGAGGGCGGGAGGGCGGAGGGGGCGAGUGGAUGCGCCGGCAGCGGGACCUGCUGGGCGGCGCGGGGAGCCGCUCUCUCGGCGCGCCACGUGGCGAGGAAUCUACUGCUGACACGUGUGAUGCUGGCAGUGAUGCGCUUCCCCGCGCGAUUUGGCGCAGUUUGAGUGCGAGUGUGCUUAAAGCGCGUGAUGCUGCAGCGGGGAUAACUGGUGGAUAUACUGUUGGUAGCGGGGCUGCUGGUAACGGUGAUGCUGGUAGCACUGCUGACGGUUGUGAGCGCAAUGCCGCGCUGCCGCUGGAGACGGCCACGCCUCCGCGUGCCUCCACUCGUGCAGGCGAAGAAUGCGCGGCAGGGGUGGCAGGAGAAGCAGUAGCGGCAGCACCAGCGGAGGAAGCGGCACGGAAUGCGGAAUGCGGCUUGUUCGAUCGCCUAAAGUGGCACGGAGAUGGGGACGGAGCGCGCAAGCUUGGACCGGGGGAAGGGGCGCGCGCGCAACUAGAGGGGGGCGGUGGGGCGGGAGAUUGCGGGAAAGAGGGCGCAAGGAAGGCGGACGGGGGUGAGGCGCAGCAGGGACGGCCGGAGCGGCUGGUGUACGUGGCGCAAGCUGAGGUGGCAACUGCUGACGUGGACCUGGUUGACGUGAUAGGCACGGACGAGAUGACGACGUGUGUGGCGGUGGCGCUGCGCCAUCCGCGCACGGGGCGCACGGCGCUGGCGCACGUGGACGCGUCGCUCUGCGCCCUGCGCGCGCUCGCCACCAUGCUCGCCUCGCUGCGCCUCGCCCCGCACGAUCCGACUCCCCUGCAGCUGCACCUGGUGGGCGCGUUUGACGACGACCCGGGGCACACAGAGAGCAUCCACGCCGCGUGGGAGGAGGAGCAGGAGAGGCAGGAGCAGGAGCGCGUGCGGCAUGAGGAAUCACAAGAGCAGCAGCAGCAGGGUUAUCAGGAAGGGAGCGGCAGCGGGCGGCAGUCAGGGUGCAAGCGCAGGCGAGCCCCCAGCCCAGCCAGUGGCGGCAGUAACAGGGCCAUGCGCGCAGGGCCAGGAGCGGAAGUAGGGGCAGGAGAGAGAGAAGAAGCAGGAGCAGGAGAGGGAGGUGCACAUGGCAGCGCCUGGCCACACGGCAACCCAUCAAGCCCUGCGGCAGCAGCAUCGCCAUCCCCAGCCACAGCACCACCCAUGCAUCCCUUGCACCUGGAUGCCACCCCACACCACCACCCCACGCCACUGCACCUCUCCUCCCCUCCACAGCACCUUCCGCCGUCGUCUCUGCUUCCUCCGCUUCCCACCGCCACCCCGAACAGCCCGUACUACAGCCUUUCCCGCGCGGACAGCGCCCCCUUCGCCCCUCCUCUCCCCGCGGGCACGUCCCUGCCAGUAGCCUGCGCGCUGGUGACCGCGCUGCACGCGCUCCCGCGCCUCUUCCGCCUCUGCACGCUCGCGCUCCUCCCCCUCAACACCACGUGGGACCCCUCCCGCCGCGCCCCUGUGCCCCGCACGCGCGGACUGGCGGUCCACGUGGCGUCUGGGGAAGCCUCCCCGCGCGUAUUCACCCCAGAAGAGCGCGGGCCUGAUGCUGUGCUGCGGAGCGUGCUGCUGUUCUUUGGGGAAGGGGGAGAGGCGGAGGAGGAGGGGAAGGGGGAAGCGGAAGGGGAGGCGGGUGGGUGGUGGAGAGGGGGGUCGGGGGAGGAGGAGCGGUUGGUGGCGGAGGGGCGCGAGGGGGGAGAGGGGGAGGGGCGGGAGGGGCGCCGUGAGGGCAGUGUGUGUACGCCUGAGAAAGGGCGGCCUGUUGAUGCUGCUGCACGCACUGGUGGUGGCACUCCGGCUAGCGGCGGUACUGGCAGCACACGCGCACACAGCACUCCCUCCUCCUCCCCUCUCAUUCCCUCCUCGCUCUCCUCCUCCUCCCCUUCCCCACUCCUGUCCUCCUCCUCAUUCUCCCCUCUCCUUUCCUCUUCGCCGUCUCCCUCCCUACCGCCGCUCGCAUCCUCCCCUACUCUGCUCUCCACCCUGCCACCCGCCGCGCUGCCACCGCUCUGCACCGCUCUGUGCGGCCCACUCUGUCCCCAGGGCCGCCUUACCCGCUUCUACGACACUCAAAUUGACAGAUUCGUGCUGCCGCCCACCAGGCUCAUGGAUGCAGCAGCACUGGCCCGGCAGCGCCUGAGCAUGACGGAUCACGAGCUGCUGCACGCCAACUCCACAUCGCCACUGGCUGAGGGCCCCGACUUCCUGCCCUUCAUCCGCAGCUGCUACCGCCUGCUAGCCCAGUCACCAGACACAGACACGCUCUUCCCCAGCGGCGCCCCCCGGGUCUUCACACGCGAUCCCUCCUCGCAGUGCUGGCAGCGCGCACCGUCCCCCCUGCCCCCGCGCACGCCGCUCAUGCUGUACCGCGCGUACCGCUCGCGGCACCUGCACUCGCUCUCCUCGCUGCUCUGCUCCCUGCCCUGCUGGCCCUGGCUCUGA